CUGAGGUCAUCAAUACGCAACUUUGAAAGGCAAAAAGGCGGAUCUAUUGAAGUAUGAGCUUUCUCUCCUCUAUCAGUUCGCCCGAUUUGAUUGUACGAAUGAUCUGUUGCCGUGCUGCGCAAGGACUUGGACUCUAAUUUAAUAGUAGCCAGCGUGUGAUACUCGUCAAUGCGCUGAAGUUCUGGUAAUUUGCAGGCAGCAGUGGAACGAUUGCGCUGUUUUUAAAAUCACCGUUGAUUUAGAAACUGGACAACAACAACGCUAUUCGACUCCUGUUCAUCUGUUGUGGUAUCGCCUUGACCCCGACGACGUGGUAAUCGAUUUGAAUGUCACUUCUAUUCAAUUCCAUUGUUGUAGACCACCAUGGGAUGGCUGUUGUGACCCAUCCUCUGACAAAUCACUCCAUUCCCAGCACCCUGGUUUCUAUGUGGGUGCACAUGGCCAUGAAGUUGCCAUGUCCACCAACGACUCAGAUGUCAUCAACUGCACCAUCACACACGAGAUCCACCAGAACCUCUUCGCCGGCGCCUACAUCAUCAUCCUGCUGGUGGGCCUCCCUGCCAACGGCUACUCCCUCUACCAUGCCUGGCUGCAGCUGCGGGUGCGGAACGAGCUGGGCGUCUACCUGCUGAACCUGACCAUCUCCGACCUGCUCUAUCUGGCCUCGCUGCCCAUGUGGCUGCAGUACAUCUUCUCCGGGGACGACUGGCAGCACAAAGAGUGGCUGUGCCAGCUGUGCGGCGUCCUGCUCUACGAGAACAUCUACAUCUCCAUCGGCUUCCUCUGCUGCAUCUCCAUCGACCGCUACCUGGCCGUGGUCUACCCCUUCCGCUUCUCCUCGUUCCGCUCCAUGCGGGCGGCCACGCUGGUCAGCGCCUUCAUCUGGCUCAAGGAACUGGCGGUGGGCACCAUCUUUUUCACCCACAGAGCCACAAGUGUGGACAUCACCAACCAGCGAGUGUGCUUUGAGCACUACCCGAUGAAGUCCUGGGAGUACCCGGUGAACUAUUACCGCUUCUACGUGGGCUUCCUCUUCCCUCUGGUCAUCUUGUCCGUGUCGUACUUCCGUGUCCUGCGCGCGGUGGGCAAGAGCGCCGGCACGCAGACGGCGCAGAAGACGCGCAUCAAGCACCUGGUGACCAGCACCAUCCUCAUCUUCCUGGUGUGCUUCUCGCCGUACCACGUGUUCCUGCUGGUGCGGACCAUGCUGGAGAGGAGCUGCGACUUCAUCGAGAAGAUCUUCAACUACUACCACUUCUCGCUGCUGCUCACCAGCUUCAACUGCGUGGCCGACCCGGCGCUCUACUGCUUCGUGAGCGAGAGCGCCCAGCGGGGCAUCCAGGACGCGCAGCGGGCGUGCGCCAGGGCCGUGUGCUGCUGCUGCCACCGCCGGCGCUCCCAGAACAAGGGGAUGGCCAUCACUGGGCGACUGGCGGUCACCGCGACAAAGUCUAGCGAGGUCGCUACUGCCAAUGAAGGCAGAACUGCCACGGCCAUGGUCACUUUGUUACAGACAAUGAAAACCAGUGAGGAUGUAUGAGAAGUCACACUUGUUUAGCUUAUCCCCAAUGGGCUGGCCCAGAAAAAAAAAAUGUCUUAUGUUACCAUGUUGUUUAUUUGUUGAUUGUUAUAUAUUUGUAAACAUAUCAAAACAGUGUUGGUCAUGUUAAAGCUAUGUUAAAGCCAGUAUGUAAAAACAAUCUGUUUGGAGCUUGACUUAAUGUGUGUGUGUUUUUGUACUCUCAGGCAUCUUAAGGGCAUAGCACUGUCCAGUUGGUCCAACUUGGUCCAAUGUGACCUCAUGGUGUCAGACUUUGGAGUUCCUUGAUGAAAAGACAAUCUGGAAACAGAAACAGAUUUUGGUAAUUAGCCUGGAAAUCCAGACCCAAAUCUGAAAGAUUAAGGGUCUGGCUACGAGUAAUGAAAAUGGCCCAAGCAUGCAUUUGAAAAUAUCACUGCACACAAUUGGAUAACAC